AUGGCUGACACCAACUUCUAUGAGGGCUCUCGCUUUGACAUACCUGGCGCUACUCCUGUCCCUGGCCUCGAAAACCGCCCAAGCUACCUUCCUCGUCUGUUCAUCGUCGAUAACCAUGUCCAACAUCCCGAUCAUAGCUUUGGGUCUAUAUAUGUUUAUCUUGAGGACACUAAAGAUGCUGAACGUAUGAAGCGAAUCCGUAAAUACACCAAGGGCCUGAAGAUCCCUAGUGGAAGCAAAGAGUUUCUCAUGCAUGAUUGCGGAUUAUUGCAUGCGGAGGAUGGUGACGUCCUAUUUGCCAGGCCGAUUGGUGGAGAUUCGAGCGGAGCGAACGAUUCUCUUCAACUCAUGGCCUUCGGAAAGCGAUGGAUAACAAUUCCCGUUGUUCAAAGCCUACUAGAGUUUCGCAAAAAUAUACUUGGGCCAGACAGCGAAAUCAAACCGGACGAUGGUGCGAACGGUACUGCGUUUGAGCGGGAAGGACAUUGUAAGGGUAUAGGCGCUGGCACUCGCGCUUAUAAUCUUGCGGUUUCGGUGGAGAAACAAACCCAAGUCAGUGCACCAGCCGGUCAGGGGAAGGGGUCAGUCGGAGAAUUGGAAGAGGGUGUUCGGCUUAGGCAAGGCGCAAUCAAGCAUUCGACGGAAGUGGGGAUGUACUUCGCGAAUAUGCUUCCUGGACGUUGGAAAGAGGUGGUCUCCAAACAAUCUGAUCUCGUCAAUGCGCCUCGCAUUGGCGUCGAUCAUAACCGAAUGUUCGGUAAUGUUCAGAUGAACAUUGCCUCUGCGAAAAAGAAAGAAGCUGGAAAUCAGCUAAAUUCUCUUGGCUUCUUUGGUGGUGCUCAUAUAGACAAAGGCGACUCUGACGGUGCGCUCACUGCAAUGCUGGGUUGUAAUUAUAUACCGGCGGAGGGUUAUCAUGGCGGGUUCUUUCAUCUAAUUGAGUUGGGAGUAUUUGUUACCUUAGAGAGUUUCAAUUGCCUAUUCUUUUCUGGUCUCCGUCUUCAUGGUGGUACUGCUCCAAUUUGUACGGACGCUACGCGUUGGGUUGAUUUUGCCACUCGACUUGUUUUUGUUCUCUAUCCUCCCCGUCACAUUCUGAAUAACUUCUCGAUUACGGCAUUUGCUUCUGUUGAUACACGUCUACGUAAUGCCGAACAAGAGCAUCAAGCUCGUCUUGCCGCUAAGAAGACGAUGAGGGAAGAGAGGCGAAAGGAAGAGGGCGCAGACUCUGAUACGGAAGGAGAGGAAGAGUUGGAUGAUGUGACAUUCGAGGAGGGCAAGGCGUUUAAGGUCAACUAUCCGAACAUGUUGAAGUUUCCUUCGUCUAUUAAAAACAAUCCUCAGAAUCCACAUGUCCAGUCCCUGGAGAAUCACGCCACAUUCACUCAAGAUGGUCAUAUUAUCAUGCCUCGUCAUGCCUGGAUCACUUUCAUCGUUCGUAAUAUUUACUUGAUGAAUAUUGGCCUUCUCUGUCAGCUUGGGACCAAAUCCGGGUUGCGCGUGGAUCCUGUGGCGUUCUUGAAAUCAUUUUCGGUUUCUGGCGAUGAUCAUUAUGGAGUGACAGAGGAGGAUAUCGAACGAGUAUUGGAAGAGUGGAAGUAUGCCCCACAUAUCAAUGAUUUUGAAGCAGAUGCCCCUCGCCGUCAGGCAGCUCAAGAAUGGCAGGAUUGGGUUGCGCAUACGUCUAGCUUUAUUCCUUCUACCUAUAAGGGUCUCCCAGGAGACUUCUUAGGUAUCGCAACUUCCGAGUUCACGCCAGAAUCCGGUCUCAUCAGAAAUAACUCUUAUGAGAGUCAACUCAGGAAGCAGCAAGAGGGUGCUCGGGGCAAGAAAUGUUCGAACAAGGCAAAAUCUAAGAGCCGCCCCCGUAAAUCACCAAGGAAAAAGAAAGACGACACACCGGGUUCGUCAAAGGGCAAGGCAGAUGAGGAGGAGGAGGAAGAGGAAUCUGAGGAUGAAGUUGACCAGUUAGCGGAUGAUGAGGAUAGUGAGGAUCAGGAAGCGGGUGAGGAUGAAAUGGGAAUUGAGGAAGAAGACAGGGAACCGUCAGCGCCUGAGAAGGAAUGUAUCGCGGUGGUCUUCGACGUUCUACUCGACUUCAGGCAGGCAAAGGACUAUGUUCCAGACUCCGUCGCUUCAAACGAAUUGCUCUAUACGUCCGACAAUGUGUACGCUAUCGUCAUUGCGACGGAAAACCGCCUCAACAACCUCCUUAUUCGAGCCAAGGAUGAAGAAACAAUAUUGGCAGAUCUUUGCAGGAUAUUCCGUGAAAUAUCUGUUCCAACGAAUUCCUGGCUCUCUGAGCAUUCCAUCUCUAGCCAAUUGAUAGCUUACCGGCAAAGCACGUCCUAUAUCCACGACUCCUCUUCUGAUUGGGACCUUGAUUUACGCCGUCAUGUUCUUCCUUUCUGGCGUCGCAUCAAUCAGCGCAAUGAGGUUUGGCUCUCGAUGGAUACCAUCAAAUCUGCGUCUGCCAGUAUGCAAGCUAUGAGGCGCCUUACGGAGGAAAUCCAUGCAACCUACGCCCUUAUCCGCUCUACUCGCUAUCAUAUCCUCAUGUCCCAUUGUCUCGCAUGGUUCUGGUUAGAGUCCAUCUGCGCCUAUCACUCUCAGCCACACAUCGCUCGCAAUACCCUCUCGUUAUCCUGGCCUUGCAAAUUGGCACGAUAUCUUCUCAUCGUACUCGAAACCCGGCUCCCUACCUUCACUCUUCGUCCCAGCGACUAUAUUCCUCAUCUUUCAUCCGAACCUCAAACAUUUCGCACCAUCGGGAUCAAGGAAUAUUCAAUCACAGACUGUGUACCCACUCUUCAACAGCGCGUCUAUCUUCAGAUGAAGCGUAUCUUGCAGAAGUGGCUAGAUUUCCCACAGGAUGAGAUCGCAGAUAGUCAGGCAUGGGUGGUGCAGAACUUCGUCAGUGUUUUUGGAUUGGGGUCUCUGCUACUCGACGAAGUGUGGGAUGUUUAUCAGCACGUGCCGAAGCAUGUGCUGGGCCGAUCUCGAAAACAAACUCGCACCAUCUUCCUACAUCAGCUCAUACCUUUCUUUCAUCAUAUCCGAAGCUGUGAAGCUGCUGUCAAGACCUCUUCAGCUCGAACUUUGCUGGACCAGUAUCACGUCGAGUACGAGAUGCAUGGAUCUUGCAGAGGUGAUCAAUCUGCUACAACCUACUCGAGUUCCAUCGAAGUUGCAACCUGUUCCCAAGAAUUACUGGUAGAUGGAGAUGAGAGCGCAUGUUGCCCUGAUAAGUUGGUGGAGUCGAGUAAUGGUCUUGAUGUUGCAAUGGCGCUAAGUCCCUCACUAUAUACCGCUUCACUUGAUCAGCAAGAUGAUCUAGAAUUCCCCCCACCACUCCACUCAUUAUCCCAAUCUUCAAAACGAUCACUGGAAGAACUUCAACCCCAUUCGGGUCCAUCAAAUAAACGUAUCAAAAUCACACCUUCCACUACCCUCGCGUCUACCUCUCGCACGGUCUCUUCUUCAUUGUCACCAUCUCCUUCAAUAUCUCCACCUCUUCUAGCCUAUCCCUCGCGGAUCUCAUUAUCACGAAUGCAUCAUGCUCUUACGGUCCUUCGAAAACUGGCAUUCUUUCUGGAGUGUCCGUAUCCUCAUGAGAACGUACAGGGUUCACGCUACGUGGGGACUCUAGAGGAUCAGCCGGCUGAGGAUAUGAAGUUGAUGAAAGAAGUAGCCAGUGAUCUCGAUGGAUAUCUUCCGUUUCCUCGACGUGCACCAUCCGUUCUUCACGCCAUGUCCACAUCCGGCCUUUCUGGUCGUGACUUCAACCAAUCGCUUCUUUUCAGUGCCAUAUCAUUUCGCGCCAUCUUCUUCAAGUCCCAGUAUCACUUCGAUCACCCCACCUACAUGCAAGACUUCGCUGAGUACAAGAACCGUGUCCUUCGCCUUCACCAACCGGACUAUCCCUCCUCUAUCAUCACUCCUGGUGCGAAGACUCACUCGUAUUGGGCCAAUCCGAAUCAGUAUAGCAAAGGUGCUCAUACACCUUUAGUCGACAAUAUUAGUCUCUACUGGUCUUCCAUCAAUCUCGAGUGGUGCUAUCCUCCUCACAAGGUUUUCAAGACCUACAAGAGUAUCGCAAACCGUCCACCACUCGAGCCACCUUCUCCUCUACCAUUCCACUCCUUCUUCGACGACUAUCUCUGUUUCAAUCGAGGUUCACCAUCCACAGGAAAGAAGACCAAUCUCUUUCCCAAUAUAGGAUCGUUGAUUGGUUACCUAUGCACUUUGGAUCUUUCUUAUGCUGGAUACGUUGAAAAGCCGUCUCUGGAUGAUGUGGUUGAAGCGAUGGUGAAGAUCAAUGCAGGUGGUAUCAGGGGGCUUAUUGCGCUAGGUUUGGUAGAGAAGAAGGAUAAAAGGCAUAAGUAUUCUCUCGCCGAAAUCAAGAAAGCUUUCUCAGUCUUUCAUGAUUUUCUUUCCCAGCAUUUGACAGAGAAAGAGAAUUCUUUCCCAGCAUUUGACAGAGAAAGAGAAAGAGGCUACGGUUUUUGA